GCAGUCAUCAGCUGUGAAUUGUGAAUAGGAAAAUUUCCUGUAGGUAGAUCUCAAGAGUCUUUGCUGGAAAUCUAGGUAUUUCAGUUAAAUUAUUGAACGAUUGAACAGCAGUAGCUGCGAUUGGCCAUAAAAUAAUAAUAAUUUGACGACAUAUCUGCCAGGUAAGAAUGCCUAAGAAGUUUGCAGGCGAAAACAGCAAAGCGGUUGCCGCUCGGCAGCGCAAGGAGAAUGAGAAGCAGGAAAAAGAUCAGAAAAUGAAGAAAAUGAUAGAAGACUCCGAGUGGGAGGACAAUGAUGAUAGAUUGAAAAAGAAGCAACAAAAAAAAGAAGAGCAAGAAAAGAAGCGUCUCGAGCAACUUCAGAAGAAGGCAGAAUCCAAGGCCCUUCUAGAGAAGGAGAUGGAAUCUAUAAAAAGCAAGGCGGCAGUUAUUCCACCAACAACAAAGAUAACCCGGGCACAGAUCACACAAAUGAAAGAGAAGACAAUCCGAGCAGAACCAGAGAAGCCUGUUCCCUCAAGAGUGGUGGUGGAGGAGCCUCCACUGGUAGAAAAUCUCAACAGAUUACAGAUUGAUGGAGAAGUGGCUCAGAGUGUUGAUGAGGCUAUCUCGAUUCUGACUGAUAAGACUGAUGCAGACAGGCAUCCUGAAAAACGCCUGAAGGCAGCCUUUACAGCUUUUGAAGAAAUCACCUUACCAAGGUUAAAGGCAGAGAAUCCCUCCCUGAGACUGUCACAACUCAAACAAAUGCUGAGGAAAGAGUGGCUCAAGUCACCGCAGAAUCCUCUGAACCAAAAUGUGUGAUUACGUUUGUAUAAGUACUCCCGAAAGCGCCGAAAAAACGCGGCAGCUGAUGCUUACGUUAUCCGCAUUACUUUGAAGCAUACAGUGCGGUCGAUGCGUGCUAUAACGUGAUGCGACGACGUCAUUCGUUAUGAGUGACGUCAUCGCAUUACGUUAUAGCAAAUUAAUGUUAGUUAUAAUAUUUUUUAAACAAAUCGUCUGGAACAUGCCCAUUCAUGUUUAAAAUGGUAUUGUAAGAAAAAAUAAAAGCAUGUCAACAUUC